GAAAUUUCCAUCUUGUAGAAUUUUUUUUACUCUAAAGAGAGAAAAAACUUCACACUUGUGGAACAAAUAACAAAAGAUAAGAUCCUAAAAAGUGGAGAAAGACGCGAGUAGUUUCCAAAAUCUCAAACAGCAUUUAAAUCGUUACAGUCGCCGUUCAUAGACAUCUAAUUUUAGUCGAUUAUAAGUUAAUACCCAGAAUUAAUUCGGUUUCGGGGAAGAUUGAAUCUCGUUUUAGAUUGUGGUAGAAACUACUGAUACAAGAAACCAGUGAGACCUCAGAAAUCGGCGGAAAUAUAAUUCGCCUGUUUAGUUACUGGGCUUCUUGCACUAGAUUUUGAGGAGGUUAUCAUGAGCGAGGUACAAGAUACAACGUUGAAUGCUGAUAAGCCAGGUGUUAAAAUCAGUGGACAUCCUAAUUUGGUCCGUGUACAUAAUUUCUUCUCAAAAUUUUCUGAAAAUGUGUGCGAGUUUGUUAAGGUUCAUCAUAAACAAUUGAAGAGUGAUGGCCGUGUAAUUAAGUCAAAGUUCCCGACAUUGAGCAAUAAAGGUUCAUAUACUGCAACUUUGAGUUUAGAGAGGCAAUUGAAGGCAUGGAAAGACAACCCAGAUUGGGUGGACCAUCCUCCAGAUAUAAAGGUCACCAUUCCUAAAGGUUCUCUUUCCAACCUGAGUUUGACAGUUGAUGUUGGAUUGCCGCCAGAUGCCAUCUAUAACAUUGUGACAGACCCUGAUAAUAAGAGAGUUUUCAAAAACAUUAAGAAACUUGAUGUCACAAUUAUCUCUCGUAACAGAGUUUACACAGACAUUAAGGAAGUAAUUUCCAGAAAGGUAUUAGUUGAUGAAGGAUUAAGGCAAGUAGUUGAAGUGGAGCAAGCAGCUAUUUGGAGAUUCCUUUGGUUAUCGGGCACAAUCUCGGUUCAUGUUUUGGUCGAUCAGAACAGAGAAGAUUAUACAAUGAAAUUCAAACAAAUAAAGUCGGGAUUCAUGGAGAAAUUCGAGGGCUCCUGGAAAGUCGAACCCUUAUUUAUUGACCAAGAAUUAUGCCAUCCUUUUAAACCCAAGUCAUUAUCUGAAUACGAAUCGUGCACGAGAGGCAAAGGACGAAUAGCCUCAAGGCUAAGUUUAGAGCAGCUUAUACAGCCGGCUGUUGUACCUCCACCACCCAUUUCAUGGUAUCUAAGAGGGAUUACAACAAAAACGACUGAGAUGUUGAUUCAUGAUUUGCUUUCUGAGGCUGCCCGAAUUAGGCUAUCUGGAAAAUUUGAUGAUAAAAAUGGUAAAAGUGUCCAAAGGGAUGUGUGUGGGAUUAAGGAAAGAUGGGCUUUGAGAAGGAAAAAUGGCAGGCACUCUCGGAGGAGCAUCAUUGUUCUCAUGCAAGUUGAUAAGCAACGGUUUUCAGCCAUGGACGCAAUCCUCUCUACCUCCGCAUUUUCCAUCAGAAAUCCCCUACUCUGCAACCGCCAUGCCACUCCAUUUUCCGUAAGCUUACAAGGAAUAAAAACGCAGACCCAUUUUACGCGAAAGCGUUUAUUUUAUCCAAAUCAGUCGCCACACAGAAUAUGUGCAAGCUCUCAACCUUCUCCUUCUGUUGUCACUUCUUCUUCUUCUUCACCUUCUACCAUACCGUCUGAAAUGAAGGCGUGGACAUACAGCGAGUACGGCGGAGUUGAGGUUUUGAAGCUCGAAUCGAAUGUUACGGUGCCGGAAAUUAAGGAGGAUCAGGUUCUGGUCAAAGUGAAAGCUGCUGCUCUCAACCCUAUCGAUUUUAAGAGGAGAUUUGGGAAAUUCAAGGCCACUGAUUCACCUCUUCCAACUGUACCGGGCUAUGAUGUUGCUGGUGUGGUUGUUAAAGUUGGGAGUCAAUUAGCAAAACAAGUGUUUGGUGCUUCAAAGGUAGCUGCUACAUCCAGCACAAGCAAGUUGGAAUUUUUGAAAAGCUUGGGGGCCGAUUUAGCUAUUGACUACACCAAGGAGAACUUUGAAGACCUACCCGAGAAAUUUGAUGUCAUUUACGAUACAGUUGGGCAAUGUGAGAAGGCGGUGAAAGCUGUGAAGGAAGGUGGCAGUGUGGUGGUCCUUACUGGUGCAGUUACACCGCCCGGUUUUAGAUUUGUUGUCACUUCAAAUGGAGAAUCUCUAAAGAAACUGAAUCCAUUCUUGGAGAGUGGGCAAGUGAAGGCUAUUAUUGAUCCUAAGGGCUCCUUCUCUUUCGACAAAGUAACUGAAGCUUUCUCAUAUCUUGAGACGAACCGUGCUACUGGGAAGGUGGUUAUAUAUCCAAUUCCCUGAUCACAUACUCAAGUCUCACAUGGCUGUUGACAUAUCCAAUUUACGUUAGUACAAGCUUGAACCAUUUUUUUUUUUUUCGAAAUAAUAGAUUAUAUAUAUAUACAUAUAAAACAUAAUUACAAUUCUAAAAUAGCUAUCAGUUGAAUCAAAUGAGAGGUCUACACAACUCUGUGUAAUCUAGGAGGGGAAAAGUUCAAAAGUAGUUCCACAGGUAUAGGGGGUGACAAUUUUGGCCCCGACGAAAUGCAAAAAAUAUGAAUAGUCCCACAACUUUUAAAAAAUGAUCAAAAGUAAGACUUUUUUUUCCGGAUUUACGAUUUCCGGCUUGGAACACCACGUGUCGCACGUGGCUUAUUUUUUUUACACGUAG